AUGAGCGAGACGCAGACUGAACAGCCCGUGGACCCAGGGGACAUACGAUGGAAGAUGGCCGUCGCCUGUGACGUGUGUAGGAGGCGCAAGGUACGGUGUGAUGGUGAAAGACCUUGUUCGAGGUGUAAGAAGGGUAACAGGGAGUGUACAUUCUCGCUGCCUCGACAUAUAGCUCGUAAAACGCAGGAUCCUGGAAGCAGGUCCACUCCCUCACCCACUGAAGAUGCUCCUCCUCCGAAACGACCAUCUCUCCGAGCUUCAUCGUCUAGGAGGGCAUCACAAAGCUCACAGAUCGUCUACUCUGGUCCUUCAUCCGGCAUGCCUCUGUUCGCUCGUCUAGGUCUACUACGCACAGUCGAAGUUUCGGAGAGUGAGCAACAUGGGAAUGAGUUCAGUUCUCACUCGUCAUCGGCAUUUGGGAUCACCAGUGCUGUCUCAGCCAGCAGGGAUUACUUUGAUAUGUGUCUGCAGAGGUGUCCGCAGGAGUUGAUGAACAGCUUGAUCGGUCAUCAUCUGAGUACUCCUGUGUUCUUCCCACUACUUCACGCUCCGUCAUUCUUGUCAGAAUUCAUCGCUGUGACCGAACGUCGCUUGAAAUGCACCCCUCAAUACGGAGCAAUGCUCAUGAGCAUAUUAGCCGUUACCGCUAGACUAGUAGAAGGUGGAAGAGGGUUGGUCCCUGCAGCGGAUCGCGCUGGAGAAGCGUAUUACGAGUUUGCACAGGAUCUGCUCAGAGUUAGCAAAAACAAACUGGACAUACGGCAUAUCCUGGCUCUAUAUCACUUAGCACUGUUCGCAGAAGGAAGGAAUGCCUCAACUGGCGUCGCCUCAAGCUUUGUCGCAGAGGCUAUAGGAUUAGCAUAUGCCACGGGGCUACACCGAAGUACAGACGAUUUCAGGAUGGACCCGGUGACGAUGCAAAUCAGGACGAGGCUUUUUUGGGCAUUGUAUUCGUUAGACGUUGCUUUGGCGUAUUCUCAAGGGCGACCAGCGUUGAUCAGAUUAUCAGAAUCCAUAAAUGCCCCGUUCAUCACUAUAUCUCAACGAUUCAGCCUUGGGGAUCCCCCUCGCAGAAGAAGCGAGAAGCUGGCCAGGGCUCAGAUAUGUCUAGACGAGAUUGAGCAGAGCCUUCCUCCGUACCUCGUUCGAUCCUCUCUACCUUCAGAUACCUCUCUCAACUUGAUAUUUCUCCAAUCAUCACGACUCAGAUCGACUCUCCUCUUCGUUCGCACGCUUAUCGCCCGACAAUCUCUCAUCGACGAGUUCGAACGCAGUCCUGGCCCGUCGGCCGAUCCUAGCGAGAGCACGUUAGUGGCAUGUCACCUAUCCGUCGAUAUCGUCAAAACAUAUUCCCGGUUAAGACAUUUCGGCUUCCUGCAGUACUGCAACUUUACAGCAGUGUCUCAUCUCACGGCUGCGAGUCAUACACUAAUCGCUUGUAUGCUGCGAAGUCCGAAUCUGGCGUUUGAACACCGCCCAGAUCUGUUAUCAGCAAUCGACAUGCUCAUACUCUUCUCAUCGAGAUUUCCAUGUGCCAAAACCGUCGCUCAGCUCUUGGUACAGCUAUCCAGAACCCUCGAUUUCAGCUCUGGCGAUACAAGCGGUACAUCAAGUGAAGCCUUGGCGAUCAGGGUACUCGCUAGGAAGAUGGCAGUGUCUCCAGGUGACGUGCAAGCGAUGGCUAAGGACAGGGAGCUCCCGCCAUCUCCUUUGCGCAGUCAAACUACUCCAGAACAGUACGACUACGACUGGCUGGUCAGAGCGGCGACUGGCGGUACUCCUGCUGCGUCGUUCAGCAACGAUCGAUCAUUACCACCACUUUCAGAAGCCGUGGGCGAGGUCAACGGGUUCAAGCAGGGUACACCGAGGAAUGUACCCAACGUAGAGCUUCCUUGGGAUGGGCCAGUAGCUGAGGAACUUCUGCCUGAUUGGGGUGACAACUUUUCGUUCUUGAACGAUGGGUUGUUUGGAUCUCUAUAG